AUGACUUCUCUGGGACCUUCCCUGAAGGCCGGCGACGGGCCCAAGAAGUUCGAGCUGCCCUUCAACAAGGACAACCUGUGCAAGAAGCUCUUCAUCAACAACGAGUACGUCGAGUCCAAAAACGCAAAGAAGCUCGAGCUCCGCAACCCCAAGGACGGCUCGCUCGUGGCCGACGACGUCGCCCUCGCCGGCGAGGCGGACGUCGACGCCGCCGUGGCCGCGGCCGAGGCGGCCUUCCCGGCCUGGCGCAAGGUCAGCCCCACGGCCCGCCGCGACAUGAUGUACCGGCUGGCGGACCUGAUCGAGGAGAACGGCGAGGCCUUCGCCGCCAUGACGCGCCUGACGCUGGGCGCGCCCUUCGGCUCCUUCGGCUCCUUCGAGAUCAACCUCUGCGCCGAGGGCUUCCGGUACUACGGCGCCUGGGUCGACAAGUUCAGCGGCGAGACGUACCCGCAGGACGACGGCUUCCUCAAGAUCGUGCGCAACGAGCCCCUCGGCGUCACGGCGGGCAUCAUCCCCUGGAACGGCCCGAUGGGCAACGUGGGCAUGAAGGCCGGGCCGGCCCUGGCCACGGGCAACUGCUUCAUCCUCAAGCCGUCCGAGAAGACGCCCUUCUCGGCGCUGGCCCUGGGCGCCCUGAUCCGGGAGGCCGGCUUCCCGCCGGGCGUCUUCCAGGUGCUGUCGGGCGACGGCGGCACGGGCGCCCUCAUCGCGAGCCACAUGCGCGUCCGCAAGGUCAGCUUCACGGGCUCGACGGCGACGGGCCGGCGCAUCCAGGAGAUGGCGGCGCGGAGCAACCUGAAGCGCGUGACGCUCGAGCUCGGCGGCAAGAGCCCCGCCGUCGUGUUCGACGACUGCAACCUCGAGAACGCGGUGAGCUGGUGCGCCAACGCCAUCACGGCCAACACGGGCCAGGUCUGCUUCGCGGCCAGCCGCGUCUACGUCCAGGAGGGCGUCUACGACAAGUUCGUCGCGGCCUACAAGAAGCUCAUGGAGGACAAGGCCGCGGUCGUGGGCGACCCGGAGGCCGAGUCCACCGUGCUGGGCCCGCUCGUCGACAAGGCCCAGUUCGACCGCGUGCGCGGCUUCCUCGAGCGCGGCAGGAGCCAGGGCAGCCUGCUGGUCGGCGGCGGCACCAUCGGCGACAAGGGCUACUUUGUCCAGCCCACCGUCUUCGAGAACGUGGCCGAGGACGCCGAGAUCUGCAAGGACGAGAUCUUCGGCCCCGUCGCCGUGCUCAACAAGUUCAAGACGGAGGAGGAGAUCAUCGCCAAGGCCAACGACUCCAACUUUGGCCUCAUGGCGGGCGUCUUCACGCAGGACAUCAACCGCGCCAUGCGGCUGUCGGCCGAGAUCGACAGCGGCAUGGUCGGCGUCAACUGCGUGAGCCUGUGCUUCCUGCAGGCGCCGUUCGGCGGCAGCAAGGAGAGCGGCGUCGGGCGCGAGAACGGCAUGGCCGCGCUCAAGAUGUUCACGGAGCCCAAGACGGUCAUGGUGAACCUGACCUACUAA